CCUUAGUUUAGGAUUGAAAAUCCUUAGUAUAAUUUUUCGAUAAAAGAUUACAUAAUUAAUAUUACGUGUUAAUGAUUAAUUAAAAAUGCGUAAAACAGAUACGACACCUCCACGGAUCCCGAUCCCUUUCAUCCGGGGCCCUUCGAGCCAGAGGUAUUUCAUCUACAGCAGCAUCAUAAGUCCCAGCUAGUAUGGGAUGAGGAUGCAGCUGCCAGCCGCUUGUUUCGUCCCCGGUUGAUGGAACAAGCAUGGGAUAUUUUAGGCGAUCGACCCCCAUCGCCGCGUAUUAGAUAUACUAUAUCAGGGCGGUAUCUACCAUUGCGUCACUGCUGGUCGGGUACAGAAUGAUAGGGCUCUUGUGAUGGCCAUGAUUGAGCGAUGGCGAUCGGAGACCCAUACAUUUCAUUUCCGCACUAGUGAGGCCACCAUCUCCCUUCAGGAUGUGAAGGUCAUUUACGGUCUACAGGUAGAUGGACGUGCGUUGUAUAUUGAGGAGCCUCAAUAGAUGCCUUUGUAAAGAGAGAAGUUGACUAAGCUUACUGGUUUUGCGCCUCAUGAGGGUGAUAAAUUGGGACAGAGUCGGGUGUCGAUACAUUUCCUCUCUACUCAGUUGCUCCUCGUAGACAUGGAGCAUCUGAUUAUAGAGGACACACCUCAGGUGGAUGUUUAACAACAUGCUCGUCUGUACCUUCUCUUCAUAUUCGGGGGCAUCCUGUUCCCGAACACAUCGGGUUCCCAUGUGAGAUUGAGGUAUCUGUCAUUUCUAGAGCAUCUGCGCGAGUUGGGAUGUUACAGUUGGGGUGCUGCUGUUCUGGAUUACAUGUAUCGAGGAUUCUGUCGAGCGUUUAUGGGCCCGAGGACCGAUGUUGCUGCAUUUUGCCUACUCCUCCAAGUAAUAUAUUUAAGUGCGUGUAAUUUUAUUCUAAAUAUAGCUUUUUGAAACGACGUCUAAUAAAACAUUUUUUUAAUGACCCUUUCAUAUAUGAGUGUGGACUAGGAUGAGACCUUUUCAGCCCAUAGCUGCUCACCCUCCGCUUGGCUACUUUGUUGAUAUGGUGCCAUACUCGUGGAGAUGGAUGGGAGGUGUAAUCCGAGAUAUGGAUACGCACCACAAAGUUCUCCCGUUCAGGGAUCAGCUAGAUCAUAUGAAGGCGGACACGAUUUUGGAUCAUGUGCUGGCGUUUUGUAAGGCUGGUUAGUGGUGGGCAUGAUACGAAUAUACCUGAGCCGGUUACUUGGGAGCACGACCAUUACUCGCGAGACGAGUGUGCGACCGUCACUGAUGCAUGGCGGGCCUUUAUGAAACUCCAGGUCCAGCAUUGGGAUCAGAGGAUGGGGACCUAGCGGUGGUCGGACAUGCGACUCCGGUUCAGAGGUACAUGGAGUGGUACACGCGGAUCACUCGCAGCUUGAUUGAUUACCCUGCGAGGCCUCAUACAGAUAGCUGAGGAUAUGUAGCACCCGCAGGAUAGUAUGAGGCGUUGCUACGGACCAUACAGAGGAUGCGCUGGGAGAGCUUGGACUAUAUGGAGGCCCCUGAGAUAGCGGGAUAUGCAGCAAGGAUGGUUCAGCUAGCCGAGGUGGUAUGCUAUAGGCACAAGAGCUCGGACGUCUCGAGGAGCGUGUUCCAGAGGUCUGCAUCAAGCAGCAUAUGAUCGUGGUCGUGGUCAUGCCGGAAGUGGUGGUGGCAGAAGAGGGGAUGACAGAAGGGGUGGGGCUAAAGGGGCUGGUGGCCGAGAAGAUAGGAGCAAACGAGUUAGUGGCCGAGGUGGUAGGGACAGAGGGGCUGGUUGUCUAGUAGAUGAGCCUAACGAGCAUGCUCCAGUUCUAGCUCCAGCCCAGCAGCCUCCGUCGACUUUAGAGAUCCCAUCUAUUUCUUACCGACCAUCGACUUCAAAGCAUCUGUAGACUUCAAGGCGACCGUCGACACCUCUAUAUACGCUGGAUUUAUUUUUAGAUCACAUGUUCUGGUCAUUGUCUGCACAGCCACCAGUUCGUCAUCCACAGGGUGAGCAGCCAGUUCGUAAUCUAUAGGGUGGCACGGAGCUGGACUUCGAGUCCUUAUUCGAGGACUUCAACAUGUUUUCGAGUCAAGAUGUUCCAACUCCAGCUCCAGCACCAUCUACAUCUCCGGCUCCGGGGCCUACUCAUGAGACCACUGAGGAGCCAGCUCAAGAGCCUUCUCACCAGCCAUUUCAGGAGCCCGUCCACACACAGGUUCAUUCUUCUGUGCCUGUGGACCCGUCUCCUACUGAGAUUGAGUCAUCUCCUGAAGCUGAUGACAUUUCAGCCACCGUCGUCUCCCAUAGGAAGCAUAUUUUGAACAAGGCCCUAAGGAAGAGAAGGCAGGAUGAUCAUGCCAUAGAGCAUGUACAUAUUAAGAGGAAGAAGGGAGGUGGAGAUGAUGGUGAGGGUGGUGGGGUUCGCCUUAGGCCUAAGGUUAUUCUAAAGGCUCCCACAUGUGGGACCUAG